AAUGAAAUGAACACGGUUGCAUCACUGGGCCUCUUUUUUAAAGAUGGUAAAAAACGCAUUGAUUACAUCUUAGUGUACAAAAAGUCAAGUACGCAAGUUGAAAAACGAAGCACUUUUGAAAAAAAUCUUAGAGCGGAAGGUUUAAUGUUGGAAAGAGAGAAUGCAGUAACCAACAAUGACAUCAUGUUUGUUAAAAUACAUUGUCCGUGGGAUACGCUGUGCAAGUACGCUGAAAGAAUGAACAUCCGGAUGCCAUUUAGGAAAAAGUGUUAUUACACUGACUGGAGGAGCAAAACGAUGGGCAGUUUGCAGAGGAACAUGAGGCAGCUUAAAAGUUGGCUGCCUCGGAACCCAAUGAAGCUUGACAAAGAAGCCCUUCCAGACUUGGAAGAGACAGACUGCUACACCGCUCCAUUCAGCCGUGCUCGCAUGCACCAUUUUACAAUAAACAACAAAGAUACAUUCUUCAGUAAUUCGACAAGAAGUAGAAUUGUGCAUCAUGUGUUGCAAAGAACAAAAUAUGAAGAUGGGAAAUCAAAAAUGGGUAUACAUAGAUUGCUCGGUAACGGCACAUAUGAAGCUGCGUUUCCACCACAUGAGGGGAGCCACAAGAGCCGACAUCCAAUUAAAACUCACGGGGCACAGAACCACAGGCAUUUGUUAUAUGAGCGCUGGGCACGCUGGGGAAUGUGGUACAAAUAUCAACCUCUGGACUUAAUCAGGAGGUAUUUUGGGGAAAAGAUCGGCCUGUAUUUUGCGUGGCUGGGGUGGUAUACUGGGAUGCUGAUUCCUGCAGCGCUUGUUGGUUUGUUCGUCUUUCUUUACGGAUUAUUUACUAUGGAUUCCAGCCAAGUGAGUAAAGAGAUCUGUGAAGCAAACGAAACUAUCAUGUGUCCGAUGUGUGAACGGAAUUGUACCCUGCAGAGACUGAAUGAGAGCUGUGUAUAUGCAAAGGUGACUUAUUUGUUUGACAAUGGGGGCACUGUGUUCUUUGCUAUAUUUAUGGCAAUAUGGGCUACAGUGUUUCUGGAGUUUUGGAAGCGGAGAAGAGCUGUCCUUACCUAUGACUGGGAUCUCAUUGACUGGGAAGAUGAAGAGGAAGAGCUUCGUCCGCAGUUUGAAGCAAAAUAUUCUAAGUUGGAGCGUUUAAACCCUAUCUCUGGCAAACCUGAGCCUUUCCAGCCUUUUAGUGAUAAGCUCAGUCGCCUGAUGGUGUCGGUAUCCGGGAUAUUCUUCAUGAUAUCGCUGGUGCUAACGGCAGUAUUUGCAGUGGUUGUUUACCGCUUGGUUGCCAUGGAACAGUUUGCAUCAUUUCAGUGGAAUUUUAUUAAGAAAUACUGGCAAUUUGCAACAUCUGGAACUGGAGUUUGCAUAAAUUUCAUGAUUAUUAUGUCACUCAAUGUUGUAUAUGAAAAAGUAGCUUAUCUUCUUACAAACUUAGAGCACCCAAGGACAGAAUCUGAAUGGGAGAACAGUUUUGCUCUUAAAAUGUUCCUCUUUCAAUUUGUCAACUUGAACAGCUCAAUAUUUUAUAUUGCCUUCUUCCUUGGCAGGUUUGCUGGGCGACCAGGAAAAUAUAACAGAUUAUUUCAAAGAUGGAGACUGGAAGAGUGUCAUCCUAGUGGCUGCCUCAUAGACCUCUGCUUGCAAAUGGGAGUCAUCAUGGUCUUAAAACAAAUGUGGAAUAAUUUUAUGGAACUUGGAUAUCCACUACUGCAGAACUGGUGGUCUCGAAGGAAGAUAAAAAAAGGUGGGCAGUCAUUAGACAGUAAAAUGUAUUUACCUCAAUGGGAAAAAGACUGGAAUCUGCAACCAAUGAAUGCACACGGGCUCAUGGAGGAAUAUUUAGAAAUGGUGAUACAGUUUGGUUUUACUACAAUCUUUGUUGCUGCGUUCCCUCUGGCUCCACUCCUUGCAUUACUGAAUAAUAUUAUUGAGAUAAGACUUGAUGCUUAUAAAUUUGUUACACAGUGGAGACGAGCAAUGCCGGCCAGAGCCACUGAUAUAGGUAUCUGGUAUGGAAUCCUGGAAGGAAUUGGAGUUCUGGCUGUUAUCACGAAUGCGUUUGUUAUUGCUAUUACAUCUGAUUACAUCCCCCGGUUUGUGUAUGCAUUUAAGUAUGGACCCUGCACAGACCAAGGAUACAGACAUGAAAAAUGCUUGAGAGGUUAUGUCAAUAGCAGUCUAUCUGUUUUUGAUCUGAGUGAACUUGGCAUGGGAUAUUCUGGUUACUGCAGAUAUAGAGACUAUAGAGCACCACCAUGGAGUUCCAAACCUUACGAAUUUACCUUGCAGUUCUGGCAUGUGCUUGCAGCUCGAUUAGCCUUCAUUAUAGUAUUUGAGCACCUUGUGUUUGGAAUAAAGUCUUUCAUUGCCUACCUAAUACCUGAUAUGCCGAAAGAUUUGUGUGACCGAAUGAGGAGAGAAAAAUACUUAGUUCAGGAGAUGAUGUACGAAGCUGAGCUGGAGCAUUUACAACGGGAAAGGAAAAAAAAUGGGAAACAUCUUAAUCAUGAAUGGCCUUAGUGGUUUCUCUAAAUUUUACCCCUUUGCAAAGCAGGAAGGUAACACAGCAUCUUCAAAUUGAAGCCCAACACUAAAUAUAAAUAUAUAUAUGUAUAUAUGAUAUAUAUCUAAGUCUAUUUGGCAUAUUUUUAAACUGGAACAAAUACUUCAGCUCAUUAUAGUUACUGUAUUGCGGUGAUCCAUCAGCAAAAACAGGACUGAUAGUUGGCAACUUGUAACCUUCAGUAGGUGCCCCAGGUUAAAUUUUAUAAAACAAAAUGUUCUGACUUUGCAUGAAGAAAAAAUUUAGACAUUUUUCUUAAGAGGAAUUUCAGUAAAAUCUUCCAAAGACAGCCUUUAUAUAAAAUAAUGCUUGCAUUAAGCUUGUCUAUGGAAAUGACUUACAGCACCCUGAGAUCGCAGUUACGCUGCAUAUUUCUUUUUACCUCGGUUGACCAGUAACUACUAUUCGAAUUAAAAGACUGCAUCUGA